AUGGAAAGUCCAAUACAACAAACUUCACUAGGGGGUGAUUCUGAUAUGGAAUGUUCAGAUACAGAAUGCUAUGAUGAUUAUGAUUAUUAUAACAACGAUGAUAACGAUAUAGAAGAUAUAGAUCCACGUGAAAUAGAUGUAGAAUAUUUUAAUUGUGAAACUUUAAACGAAGAACAAGUAGAAAGGUUGUUGAAUGAAAUAGUAGAACUUUUGAGCAAUAAUCUUCAUAUUACUCCGUCAUUGGCCAAAGUUCUAUUGCAUAGUAAUCAGUGGGAUGUACCUGAAAUUAUUAGAAACUAUAAAGAUAAUGCACCUGACUUACUCGUUAGAACAAACAUUAAACCUGCCAUUGUACCUCAAUCUUUAACAUAUUCCAGAUAUGUCACUUGUUCGGUUUGUGUAACUAUUCAGAACAUGGACAAAUUUCAUAGCUUAUCAUGUUCACACAUGUUUUGUAAAGACUGUUGGAUGUGUCACUUUGAAGUUCAAAUUAAUCAAGGAAUAUCAACUAGUAUUAGUUGUAUGGCAAAGGACUGUGGAAUAUUGGCACCUGAAGAUUUCGUUUUGAAACAUAUAUCUCGUGCAAAUCUCAGAGAAAAAUACCAACAAUUUGCCUUUCAAGAUUACGUAAAGUCUCAUCCAUUUUUGAGAUUUUGCCCUGGACGGAAUUGUUCCAUGGUAAUUUAUAGCAAAGAGGUAAAGGCUAAGAGAGCAGUUUGUUCUGUCUGCAAAACAAUAUUUUGCUUCAAGUGUGGUAUGGACUAUCAUGCACCAACAGAAUGUGUUGUAAUCAAGAAGUGGUUGACAAAGUGUGCAGAUGAUAGUGAAACAGCGAAUUAUAUUAGUGCUCAUACUAAAGACUGUCCAAAAUGCAACAUUUGUAUUGAAAAGAAUGGGGGAUGCAACCAUAUGCAAUGUUAUUCGUGUAAACACGAUUUUUGCUGGAUGUGUAUGGGUGACUGGAAAACCCAUGGAUCUGAGUAUUAUGAAUGUUCGAGGUACAGGGAAAACCCCAACAUUGCACUGGAAUCUGCUCAUGCUCAAGCCCGUGAAGCAUUGAAGAAAUAUCUCCACUAUUAUGAAAGAUGGGAAAAUCAUUCGAAAUCGUUGAAGCUGGAAGAACAAACUUUAACAAAAUUAAGAAACAGGAUCAAUCAAAAGGUUAUGUCAGGCUUAGGUACUUGGAUCGAUUGGCAGUACUUAUUCACUGCGGCAGAACUUUUAGCCAAGUGCCGUUACACCUUACAAUAUACAUAUCCUUAUGCCUAUUUCAUGGAACCAGGUCCUAGAAAGGAACUCUUCGAAUAUCAACAAGCUCAAUUGGAGGCAGAAAUAGAAAACUUGUCUUGGAAAGUCGAAAGAGCUGAGACUACGGAUAGGGGCGACUUGGAAAACCAAAUGGAUAUUGCCGAAAAACGUAGAACCACUCUUUUGAAGGAUUUCCUCGACGUGUGAUAUAUCAAUUCUAAAUAGAUUUAAGUAAAGUUAAAAUUUACGUAAUUUUGACAUUUAUCGUUAUUUUAAUGAAGAUUUCUCCAAGCAGCUGCUGUGAGAUAUGAAUAAGCCUUCGUACUAUAACUUAUGACUUAUGACUUUUCUAUUGAAUUAGUUACUAUAAGCUUCUCAAGAAUUAAUUUUAUGAAAGUGAAUUUGUGUGUUCAAGUUGUUGUAUUUAUUGUGAAUGGAUGUUUUUAUAUAAAUAUAAAUAUUUUUUGCGAUAUUUGCUGGUUCUAGUAUAGGUCUUCCUGAAAUGGUCAUGUUAGCAAUUUUCCAUAUUAUCUUAUUCAAGUGCUUAUGAAGUUAACAGACCUUUCUAAAUGGAUAUUCUAAAGGAGAUUUUUUAUAAUUGUUUUUCAAAAUAGUGCUUAUAGAUCUCCCAAAUUUAUGUGUGGGUAUUCUCUGAAAUGUUCAAUCAUGAGUCGUAUAAUUAUUACCUCAAUAUUAAAAAGUUUUAGCUGUCUCAUAUUAUCUAGACUGUAUUGGUGUUUAUCCAAAGUAAUGCAUGUAAUAAUACAGAUUCUAAAUUAUUGUAAUAAGAUUUUAACUGUAUUUGAUAUUAAUAUUUUUCAAAAGAUAUAUAUAUCUUCAUUAAAAUAGCGUUGUUAGUUUUUGAUACUAUUAAUAUUAUUCUGGAGUGUUUUCAUUAAAAAUUUAGAUUGUUCGUUUUUUAAUAAAACAAUUUUGCUGUUAUCAGUAUUAGUAUAGAAUUUUCAUAGUUUUUGUGUCAAUUUCAUAGUUACAUAUAGCUUUUAUAAAACUUUUCUCCAGUUAUCGCUUUUUGAAAAUCUUAGUGUGAUUCUCAUUUAGAAUAUUGCAUUUCUCAAAUAAAUAUCAAAGAAUUUUAGACCA